AUACUCCCUAGAAGAUGAGCCCUCCAACCUGGACGAGAUGCCUCUGAUGAUGUCGGAGGAAGGCUUUGAGAAUGAUGAGAGCGACUACCAGACGCUGCCCCGGGCCAGAGUCAAUCAGAGACAGAGAGGCCUCGGCUGGUUCCUCCUGGGAGGCUGGAAAGUCCUCUGCGGCAGCUGCUGUGACUGCCUGGUCCACACAUGUCGGAGGAAGAAGGAGCUGAAGGCCAGGACGGUGUGGCUUGGCUGCCCGGAGAAAUGCGAAGAGAAAUACCCCAAAAAUGCCAUCAAAAACCAGAAGUAUAACAUCAUCACCUUUGUGCCUGGGGUUCUCUACCAGCAGUUCAAGUUCUUCCUCAAUCUCUACUUUCUGGUGGUGGCCUGUUCGCAGUUUGUGCCAUCACUGAAAAUCGGAUAUUUGUACACGUACUGGGCCCCUCUGGGUUUUGUGUUAACCGUUACAAUGGUGCGAGAAGCUGUGGACGAAGUGCGACGGUACCAACGGGACAAAGAGAUGAACUCUCAACUCUACAGCAAGCUCACAGUGCGAGGUAAAGUCCAAGUGAAGAGUUCAGACAUACAAGUUGGGGACCUGAUCAUUGUUGAGAAGAACCAAAGGAUUCCUGCAGACAUGAUAUUCCUGAGAACAUCAGAGAAAAAUGGUUCAUGUUUCAUCAGAACAGAUCAGCUGGACGGAGAAACAGACUGGAAACUGAAGGUUGCUGUCGGCUGCACGCAACGACUACCAGCAGUGGGGGACCUCUUCUCCAUCAGCGCCUAUGUCUUCGCCCAGAAGCCUCAGCUGGACAUCCACAGUUUUGAGGGGAACUUCACAAGGGAAGACACGGAUCCACAGAUCCAUGAGAGUCUGAGCAUUGAAAACACUCUGUGGGCCAGCACAGUCGUUGCAUCUGGCACGGUGAUAGGGGUGGUGAUCUACACAGGCAAAGAGACCAGAAGCGUACUGAACACGUCUUAUGCCAAGAACAAGGUUGGCUUACUGGACCUAGAGCUGAACCGCCUCACCAAGGCCCUGUUCCUGGCCCAGGUGGUUCUGUCUGUUGUCAUGGUGGCAGUGCAGGGGUUUGUGGGUCCUUGGUUCCGCAAUCUUUCCCGAUUCGUUGUGCUUUUCUCUUACAUUAUCCCCAUCAGUUUGCGUGUAAACCUGGACAUGGGGAAGGCAGCUUACGGCUGGAUGAUCAUGAAAGAUGAAAACAUCCCUGGCACGGUUGUGAGAACCAGCACCAUCCCAGAAGAACUGGGCCGACUAGUCUAUCUGCUGACAGACAAGACUGGUACUCUGACACAGAAUGAAAUGAUCUUCAAGAGGCUGCACCUGGGAACAGUGUCUUAUGGCACUGACACCAUGGAUGAGAUACAGAGCCACAUAAUCCAGUCAUAUGCACAGGCAACCUCCCAGCCUUCCAAUGGUGGCACCAGUGGCGCCACUCCAUCACGGAAGACCCAGACGUCGGCCCCGAAAGUCCGCAAGAGCGUCAACAGUCGCAUCCACGAGGCUGUGAAGGCAAUCGCCUUGUGCCACAAUGUCACACCUGUCUAUGAGUCACAUACCACGGUAAAUGGAGAGACGGAGUCUGCUGAAGCUGACCAGGACUUCAGUGAUGACAACCGCACAUACCAGGCAUCCAGCCCCGAUGAGGUGGAGCUGGUGCGGUGGACAGAGAGCGUCGGCCUGACCCUGGUGAACAGAGACCUGACCUCCCUGCAGCUGAAGACUCCUUCUGGACAGAUUCUCUCCUUCUACAUCCUGCAGAUCUUCCCCUUCACCUCCGAGAGCAAAAGGAUGGGCAUCAUCGUCAGGGAGGAAACAACAGGAGACAUCACUUUCUACAUGAAAGGUGCUGAUGUUGCCAUGGCGAGCAUUGUCCAGUAUAACGACUGGUUGGAAGAAGAGUGUGGGAACAUGGCCAGAGAAGGCCUGAGGACGCUGGUGGUAGCCAAGAAGUCCCUGUCUGAGGAGCAGUAUCAGGACUUUGAGAACCGCUACAACCAGGCGAAGCUGAGUAUCCACGACCGAACCCUGAAGGUUGCCGCUGUGGUGGAGAGCCUAGAGAGGGAGAUGGAGCUCCUGUGUCUGACCGGUGUGGAAGACCAGCUACAAGCAGAUGUUAGGCCCACACUGGAGAUGCUCAGGAACGCUGGCAUCAAGAUCUGGAUGCUGACGGGGGACAAGCUCGAGACGGCUACAUGCAUCGCCAAAAGUUCCCAUUUGGUCUCCAGAAAUCAAGACAUCCAUGUCUUCAGACCGGUCUCGAACAGAGGAGAGGCCCAUCUGGAGCUCAACGCCUUCAGAAGGAAACAUGACUGUGCUCUGGUCAUCUCUGGAGACUCCUUAGAGGUGUGUUUGCGGUAUUACGAGCACGAGUUUGUAGAGUUGGCCUGCCAGUGUCCAGCCGUGGUCUGCUGUCGCUGCUCCCCGACUCAGAAGGCCCAGAUUGUCACACUCCUUCAGCAGCACACAGCCAACAGAACCUGCGCCAUAGGUGAUGGAGGAAACGAUGUCAGUAUGAUCCAGGCUGCAGACUGUGGUAUCGGAAUUGAAGGAAAGGAAGGGAAGCAGGCAUCUCUGGCCGCAGACUUCUCCAUCACUCAGUUUAAGCACAUCGGCCGUCUGCUCAUGGUUCACGGCAGGAACAGCUACAAGCGCUCUGCAGCGUUGGGUCUGUUCGUCAUGCACAGAGGCAUGAUCAUCUCCACCAUGCAGGCUGUCUUCUCCUCCGUAUUUUUCUUUGCCUCUGUGCCCUUGUACCAGGGUUUCCUCAUGGUUGGGUAUGCCACCAUUUACACCAUGUUUCCUGUGUUCUCCUUGGUUCUGGACCAAGAUGUGAAGCCAGAGAUGGCUCUUCUCUACCCAGAGCUUUAUAAAGACCUCACCAAGGGACGUUCAUUAUCUUUCAAGACUUUCCUCAUUUGGGUUUUAAUCAGUAUUUAUCAAGGUGGCAUCCUCAUGUAUGGCGCCCUGGUGCUGUUCGAGUCGGAGUUUGUGCACGUGGUCGCCAUCUCCUUCACCGCGCUCAUCCUGACCGAACUGCUGAUGGUGGCGCUCACGAUUCGUACGUGGCACUGGCUCAUGGUGGUGGCCGAGUUCUUCAGCCUGGGCUGCUACCUGGCCUCACUCAUGUUCCUCAACGAGUACUUUGACUUGUCGUUCAUCACGACUUGGCCUUUCCUGUGGAAGGUGUGCGCCAUCACGUUGGUCAGCUGUCUUCCUCUCUACAUAAUCAAAUACCUGAAGCGCAAGUUUUCACCUCCGAGCUACUCCAAACUAUCCUCAUGAGCCAAAACUUGGAUUACUUGUGUUUGUUUAGUAUUUUUCCGUGCUUCUCUGAGCUUUUCUGUUUUCAGCACUUUUUUUACACACUGAUCCUGAACGAUGGACAGGUGACCUGUGGAGGUUAAGGAACCACUGGAACAAUGGAAAAUGGAGAGAAAUUAAAUAAUUCGUCUUUGGAUUAUGUCACUGAAACUUGAGAUGACUUGAAAAUAUGGGAGCACAUAAAAAAAACACUAUAAAAGGACAUAUUUAGUCCCACAAAAGAAGAGCGAGAUGGUGUUUGUGACUGCACUCUGACGACCUGAAACGCUUGACCUCACUGUUUUAAAAAGGGUCAAUCUGCCUUCUUUUGCUUUGAAGCAUUUUAAACAAAUGAGCUCCCAGUGUCAUUUUAUACAGUUCUGAUGCAUUACUUUCAAUGUAUAAUUUUUUAUAUGUGAAGUUCAGACUUUUUGUAGGUCUUUUUUUUUAUUCUAGGUAUUAAUUACAGUUGCUGGCCUGCAUCUGUGAACAGUGUUGAGUUGCUUUAAGGGAUAAAAAAAAAAAACAUCAUUUAUUGUAAUGUUUUCCUACGUUACUGUAAAAAAAAAAAAAGAAAGAAAAGCCUUUACAUGCAGCUUUGAUUACUACUGCUGUCAAUGUAAACCUCACUGCAAUCAACUCUUGUACAAACGUGCAUUACACAAAAUAAGACAAUUAAUACGAUGACAUUCACAAAGAAGAUGCUGGAACUUGCUUCGAACAAACAUUUGCUGCUUUAUGUCGUUUCACAUUUUCAAGACAGCGAAUGGCAUUAUUAGUCCAUCGUCUCUGUAGUAUAAAACCAGCACUCCAUAGCCAUGUUAAAUGUUGUAUUGUCAGCAUACUUGGCCUUGAUUAUACUGCAUUUACGUUUAUGAUGUCUGUCAGUGGCCACCAGUCCUCCCGUGGGACAUGGCAGCUCGAGUCGUGCCUCAUUAUGAUGUAGUAUUUUACUGUACCGAAGAAUCGGAUGUUAAGCAAUCUGAGGUUUUUGGGUUUCUUUUUGUGUCCUCUGCAGCCAGAUCUGAACUUCCAGGAGCUUGAAUCCCACGGCUCUUCUCUGAAAACAUUUUUUCUGUUAGUAAAACUACUUAGAAAGUCACAACGAAGGACCCUGAAACACUGUCGGCUGUAUAUUUUUAGGUCUUUAUUGACAAUAUGACUCCCCUGGGCCUCUAUGUGACUUUGGCCUGUAGCAGACGUUGACAUUCAGCUCUUUUUAAGGAGGAAUGAGUUUUAUCAUUAACUCCUUGUACUACAAGUGUUGAGCACAUUAUGAGCACAGUGGAAAAAGUCAGUUGGACGAUCGUUUAACUGUUCACUAAACAGAAUAGUUUAGCCUAUUUUUUCUUAAUCAUUAUUGAGUUAAACUCAGGUUGAUCAUUCCUAAACAUAGUUUAAAUUUGUUUAAAUUGUGGCAACCAUACAGUAAAAUGUAGCUAGACUAUAAGAAAAAAGAGUAAUGGAUGUAGUUGUUUGGGAAAGAGUUGGUUUAAUGCAAAUUGCGUUUAGGGUUUACAUUUCUCAUUUACAUUCUUAUGAAAAGCAGUUCCAAAUGUUGAUUCCUGUGUUUUCUGUUGAGAUUUUUGUUCUGCAUAUGUGAUAAACUUGUGAACUUGCUUUUUGUGUCCUACACUGCAAUUUCUAACAAUAUGUCUGUUAUUUAUAAUAAUGUUAUUGAUUGAUGAAUAAUAAAAAGACAGAUGC